AUGGACCUUUCUCAUUCCCUCAUUCCGCCGUUUCCAUAUCGUGAUAGCAAAAAUCUCUCCUCCUCCUCUCUUAAUCCAUUCACCGUCUACAUCUAUCUUGAUCCAGGUUUAUACAAUCUCGAAGUUUUUGAAGAUCAUGUGGAACAAAAGAUUGAAAGGGUUGAUACAAUCCCAAGGUUUUCGAAGAUUUUGCUGAAAAAACGAUUGAAAGGGUUAAUACAAUCCCAAGGGCUCAUAAUUUUGAGGUUUUUCGAUCAUGCAGUACAUACUAGAGAAAGGGCUCACAAUCUUGAGGUUUUCGAUCUAGCAGUACAAACAGGAGAAAGGUCAAAAAAACUGGAAUGGUGCAUCCCAUGGAUGUUGAAUGAAACUCCGAUUUUACUUUGUGUUUUAGAAUAUCAAGAAGGAAUGCUAUCAGAUUUGCACCAACUAACUUUUAUGUUAUUUAGAUCUGAUGAAAGGGUGUGA